UUUUGUAUAAAAAAAAUUGUCAUUUUUUCAUAUUAUAGUCUUGGUCUUGCACUGCCUGAGAAAUAGACAGAAUCCUCCAUAAUGUUGUGUGCGGAAUGGUCAAAAAUAUACCCCACAGAUGAAUUCAAAGGUCUUGUAUUUGUUAUUGAGCAUGUCUUUUUACCAAAUGUGUCUUUUUCAGAAACAUUGGCUGAGACUAGUUUUGACCACUUUGAAUCUGAAUGUACACACAUUUCAUGGAUUGUGUUUGAACAAAUUGUUUAUAAUUUAGACCUAAAUGAAUCAACAUGUUUUCACUAUUCUUCAAAACAUUGUCUGCAAAGUUCUGCUGUGAUGUCACAUCUGCAUUACAACGAUCUUGAUAACCAGGUAAAGCCCCUUAUACUGAUUCCAUACAUAUGAACUUUAGCUGCAACUACUUGUUCAAAUACAACAUUAUCAUCGCAUAACCUGUCUUCUUAAAGUUAAAGAUUCUAUUCUCCAUAAGUAGACUGAUAAUAACAGUAAAGCACUGAUACACUCCAAUGAGAAAGCUGUAAAAAAACAAAACAAGAUGCAACAUAUGCCAACUAACAGAUUGGAAAUUCCGAAAAGAACAAACUCACAAACAGAGGAAAAGGCAUUGAUGUGUUCUACUUAUUGUACAACAGAUGAAGAAAAUAGCAAAAUAGAAACUUAUUCAAAUUACAAAUGAAAAGCUGAAAAAAGAAUAUAAUAAAGAUUAUAUCAGUGAAGGUGUUUUCUUGACAUCAUGGUUUUAGUAUUGAAGGUGUUUUCUUGACAGAUAUAUCAUCAUGGUUUUAGUAUUCUAAGAUGAAAAAAGAAAUGUUUAAAGUAAGAAAUAAAAUUAAAAGAAAAAUAUAAUUUUAAUUUCUGUUUUAAUUUUUAAUUGUAAUCUGUGUUAGAAAUGU